AGCAGCUUUCGCGAGAACUAGCGACGACGGCUACGACUAGCCGGUGGACUAGGUGCUUCCGACUCUCCAUCCAACAGUGAACAACAUUAACAAUGGUCCUCGACGUGAGAAUACGAUGCUGUUUACUGCUGCUAGUGACGAUACUGUGCCAAACCGUGACAGUGACAACGGCCCAAACAUGGCUACGUUCGCUGAUCGACAGCACGAACGGUACGAUCGACAUCAAGUCGUUUCCGGGUGAACAGUGCCUGCGCGUCUGCGAUGAUACCCAGCCUCGCAUCUGCUACUUCUCCUGGACCAUGGAGCACUAUCACGCGAUGGGACCUGCAUGCCGGGCGUGUUCCAAAGGAAGUCCACAGGAUUGUUUUCAUCCUGCUUGUCUCACAGCCGAUGGUGUGGAGCGUGGAGUCAUGAGUUUGAAUCGGCAGAUUCCUGGACCUAUGAUCAGCGUGUGCAAGGACGAUCUGAUCGUGGUCGACAUUACGAACGCUAUGGCGGGAACGUCCGCCACCAUCCACUGGCACGGUCUGCAUCAGCGGGCCACACCGCACAUGGAUGGCGUCCCGUUCAUUACGCAGUGUCCGAUCCAGUUCGGUAAUACGUUCCGCUACGCGUAUCUAGCUACGGAACCGGGCACCCAGUUCUAUCACUCCCAUUCGGGACACCACAAGGUCAAUGGUCACUACGGGGCACUGAUCGUGCGUGAGCCAAAGCGUGCCGAUCCCAACUCAGCGCUGUACGAUUACGACAGUUCCUCGCACGUCAUUGUGGGUUCCGAUUGGAUGCAUGUCGAUGGAGAAAUGUUUAUGCCCGGGCUACCAUCAUCCGGUGGUAUACUGCCGGUCAAUCUGCUCAUCAACGGUCGCGGUACCUUCAAGGAGAAUGAGAAUAGUUCGCGCACGAACGUACCGUUGGAGGUGUUCUACGUCCAGCGUGGUAAACGCUUCCGAUUCCGUUUUAUAAACGCGGCCAGCCACGUCUGCCCAUUGCAGUUACAGAUCGAAGAUCACACGAUGGAGAUCAUUGCUAGUGAUUCGUUUCAUCUGCAGCCGCACAAAGUGGAUACACUUGUUACUACUUCCGGUGAACGGUAUGACUUCGUUGUGCAUGCAAAUGGCGUCAAAGACACCUACUGGGUAAGAUUGCGAGCCUUGGGUUCGUGCGAACAGCUGCAACUGGAGCAGUUCGCUGUACUGAGCUAUAAGCACGAUCCAAAGGAGAAGCUGGCAUUUCCACAGGAGGAACCUCCACCGUACGAUAAGCCGUUCGCCGGUGCUCGCACUGCCAACCAUCCGAAUGCGACCUGCGGACAGCCCGCCUUUGGUGAUUACUGCAUCACAGACUUCCAGGCAUACGAUACGGAUGAGUCAAUCAUUAAUGGUGAACCGAAGCACAUCUUUACGCUCGGAUUUUCGAACUUUUUGGUCAGCUUUCACCACAUGUUCGAGACGCAUGCCUAUGAACACUUUAUGAACAUUCACGAUGAGCUGAUGCUACAGGGAGCGAUCAACGACCUUAGCUUCGCUUAUCCACCCUUUCCGUUGCUCACGCAACCGGAAGAGAUCGACGAGAGCAUGUUCUGCACGAACGGAACUCGUCCGGCGCGUUGUGCCGAUCGACAGCUGUGUACCUGCAUCCAUCGAUUGAAAAUCGAGCUGGGCGAUCUGGUAGAGCUGUACAUUCUGGACCGCACGGGCAUGAUCGAUGACCUCAAUCAUCCCUUCCAUCUACACGGUUAUCAAAUGUACGUCAUGGAGCUGGGUCAGGAUCGCCGAGUACCGGUGACGUAUGAGAUCGCACGUGAGCUCGCAAAACGGCGGUUCACGACCCGAAAUACAUCGCAGUUGCCACCGAGAAAGGACACGGUUUCCAUACCGAGCCGCGGAUACGCACGGGUGCGCUUCCGUGCCGAUAAUCCCGGUUUCUGGCUGAUGCACUGUCACUUCGAGUGGCACACGGCCGUCGGUAUGGCGCUGGUGCUGCAGGUGGGCGAUACGGAUCAGAUGGUGAAGCCACCGAGCAAUUUCCCGAAAUGUAACAGCUACACACCGAAGGUGGACGAUCUACUAAACGGUCAUAUUUAGAAAAGGCUAAGCACGACGGUACAAGGAUGAGUGAUAUAAGGAUUUAACUAUUUAUUUAUUCUAGUUGUAUUAGAAUGUUGAGCGCAAACCAGGCCCUUACUACAAACUGUGCAAAAGCAAUGAAGUGAAGGACCUACCACGAAAAAAUGCCAAUGUGGCAAUAAUAUAGUAACAAUGUUAUUAAAAUAAAUGUAACAAAAUACUGA